AUGUCAGAAGCUGUUGAUGAUCCGAUAAUUAAAAUUGAACCACAAGAAUAUCCAAUCGAAGACAUCAAAGAGGAAAUUGAUGAAGACCCUGAAUCCAGCUCAGAGGAUGACGAAACAUGUCUGAAGGGGUUCAUGAACUCUGUAGUAAAGAUAGAAGAAGAACUCCAACAGGAAUUAAUUCAGAGUUCUUCUUAUAAAUGUGACAACUAUGAUAAGACAUUUACAGGUCUGCACAAUUUAAAACAGCAUAUGGUAGUUCAUGAACAUGAAUGUACAUUUUGUUCAAAGACUUUUCCAGAAGCAAGUACAUUAGAAAGACAUCUGUUAAUUCAUAUGGAUGAAAGACAUUUCGUAUGUACAAAGUGUCAUGAAGCAUUUAAUAAAUUUGAUUUAGAUCAACACAUUUGUGCUCGUGCCAGAGAACAAAAUUUACACUUGAAUGAAUCUGGUAAUCGAAAACAAAAUAUUCAUGCUGAUACUGCAAAGAGACCUUAUAAAUGUCAACUAUGUGAUAAAGCAUUCAUAAGAUCGAGUCAUUUGGAUCAACAUGUGCUCAUUCACACUGGGGAAUGUCCAAAUAAAUGUGAAAUAUGUGGCAAAACAUUCAAACAAUCUAAAGACUUGAAAAGACAUAUGUUCAUUCACAGUGAGGAACGGCCUUACAAAUGUACAAUAUGUGAUAAGGCAUUUGCACGAUCAAGUGUCUUGAAACGACAUAUGCUCAUUCACACUGGGGAAUUUUCUCAUAUUUGUAAAAUAUGUGGUAAGGCAUUCAGACAAUCAAGUAACUUGAAUCAACAUAUGCCAACUCACACCGAGGAACGUCCUGAAAAAUGUGAAAUAUGUGGCAAAACAUUCAAACAAUCUAGAGACUUGAAAAGUCAUAUGUUUAUUCACACUGAGGAACGUCCUCACAAAUGUAAAAUAUGUGAUAAAGCAUUUGCACGAUCAAGUAUCCUGAAACGACAUAUGCUCAUUCACACUGGUGAACGUGUUCAUAUUUGUAAAAUAUGUGGUAAGGCAUUCACACAGUUAGGUAAUUUGAAUCAACAUAUGCUCAUUCACACUGGGGAACGCCCAAAUAAAUGUACAAUAUGUGAUAAGGCAUUUGCACAAUCAAGUGUCUUGAAACGACAUAUGCUCAUUCACUCUAGGCAAAAUAUGUGA